AUGCCCAUGUCGACAAAGCGGAAAGCGCCGACGAGGCUGGCCCCCCCUGUGGCCAGGUCGGCGGCCAAGCUUCCCCUCAAGAGCACCAUUGACGAGUCGAGGACCUGCGUCUCCGGCACCGACGCCCUGCAGAGCUCGCAGAUGGAGACGAUAGAGAUCUCGUCCGACGAAGACAGCGAUGAGGACGUCUCGGAUGAGGACGAGGCGGUCCAGGUCAACGGUGCCCAGGACGCUGCUAAGCCCGAGGGCGCCCCGGCCCGCGUCAACGGCGGCCGCAACAAACCAGAUGCUGAAGAGUCCGACGGAGAGCCCACAUCGCCCUCCUUUGGUGAGCUCCUGCGCGACAACGAGGCCAUCGACGUGCCUGCCCUUCUGCAGCAGGCCGGCACGACGAGCGCUGCGCCGGCCCAGCGCCCGCGGACGGCGAUCGUCCCGCCCUCUCACCAAUCCCUCACCACCGUCCUCAGCCAAGCCCUGCGAACCGACGACACCGACCUCCUCGAGUCCUGUCUUCACACGACUGACCUCAGCACCAUCCAAAACACCAUCGAGCGCCUCGACAGCUCUCUAGUCGGCAGCCUCCUGUCCAAGUUGGCCGCGCGGCUGUAUAGGCGGCCUGGGCGAGCCGGCAACCUAAUGACGUGGGUGCAAUGGUCCCUCGUGGCUCACGGCGGCGCCUUGGCCUCGCAGCCCCAGGUGGUGCAGAGCCUCAACAGCCUGCAGAAAGUUCUGGCCGAGAGAGCAAAGGGGCUUAACAGCCUCCUGGCGCUCAAGGGCAAGCUGGAUCUGCUCGAAGGUCAGAUGGUCUUGCGGAGGAAGAUGAGUCGCUCGGGCCUGCUGCAGAACGGAGAGGGCGACGGCAACGAGGAAGACGUCGUGUGGGUCGAGGGCGAGACGGAUGCCGCCGGCGGGAAAGGCCUGCGAAGGAGGGGAGGCGUGGACGAUGAAGACGAAGGCGACGAUGACGACGACGACGACGUGCCGGCGACGAAUGGCUUCGUGGGCGACUCGGAGGACGACGAGCAAGGCGGUGGGGCCGACGAGGACGAAGACGACGAUAGCGACGGGGCCGCGGAGGCCGUCGACGAGGACGAGGUCAACCACGAGGACGUAGACGAGUCGAUGGGCGAGGAGGAGGAGAGCGAUGUUGAGACGGGCGCGCCGCCGUCAAAGGCCCAAAAGGUGUCCCGGUCGUCUCUGCCGAGGAGAAAGUGA